UAUGGACAGACUUCUAAGGCUUGGAGGAGGCAUGCCUGGACUCGGCCAGGGACCACCCACAGAUGCUCCUGCGGUGGAUACGGCAGAACAGGUGUAUAUAUCCUCUCUGGCUUUGCUUAAGAUGCUUAAACAUGGUCGUGCUGGUGUCCCUAUGGAAGUCAUGGGACUGAUGCUUGGAGAAUUUGUUGAUGACUACACAGUCAGAGUUAUUGAUGUAUUUGCCAUGCCACAAUCGGGAACGGGUGUUAGUGUGGAGGCAGUCGACCCAGUGUUCCAGGCAAAAAUGUUGGACAUGUUGAAGCAAACCGGAAGGCCCGAGAUGGUGGUCGGGUGGUAUCACAGUCACCCCGGCUUUGGAUGCUGGCUUUCUGGAGUCGAUAUAAACACUCAGCAGAGUUUCGAAGCCCUGUCGGAGAGAGCAGUAGCUGUAGUAGUGGAUCCUAUUCAGAGCGUUAAGGGAAAGGUUGUUAUUGAUGCCUUCAGACUCAUCAAUGCCAACAUGAUGGUCCUGGGACACGAACCAAGACAAACCACGUCAAAUCUUGGUCAUUUAAACAAACCGUCCAUACAAGCUCUCAUUCAUGGCCUUAACCGACAUUACUACUCCAUAACAAUUAACUACAGAAAAAAUGAACUUGAGCAAAAGAUGUUGCUAAAUUUGCAUAAGAAGAGUUGGAUGGAAGGUUUGACACUUCAGGACUACAGUGAACACUGUAAACUUAAUGAAACUGUUGUGAAGGAGAUGUUGGAACUUGCAAAGAAUUACAACAAGGCUGUGGAAGAGGAGGAUAAGAUGACACCUGAACAGCUUGCAAUCAAAAAUGUUGGGAAACAGGAUCCCAAACGCCAUUUGGAAGAGCACGUGGAUGUAUUAAUGACAUCGAAUAUUGUCCAGUGUUUAGCUGCUAUGUUGGACACGGUUGUAUUUAAAUAAUGGAUGGGGUGUGUGCAUUGUUUGGAACUUUUCGAUCUAUCAAACUUGUUGAUCUUUGUAACUGAAACCGCAGUACAUCAUAUACCAGUGAUGGUUCCUCUUUGGCAAAUCAGCUAUUAUGGACUGUGUUUCCCAUAAUAUUCUGCCAGCUGUGUGGCUGACAAAGCAUCAUGGGAAAUAUGUUCCUUGUAGUUUAAAAGGUAAAUCCUCUCGGACCACUACUGUCAUAUUCCAAAGGCUUUCAAAAAUGUAUAACUUGCGCAUAUUUUUAAUGGGGUUUUUUUUUUUCUGUAUUUUUUUUUUAAUUAGAAUCUUUUCAGUUGUCACGGACACCAGGUUUGUGGGUUUAAAGGGAAAAAAAACAAGAUAAUAAUCUGUUCUUGUAAUAUGUGGAUAUGACUUAUUCAAUUCAUGAUUCUAGAACAUAACUUUACGCAUCAUAUGCCGCCAUAAUUAUAUGAUCAGUUUGAUAACCCUUUGCAGUCACUGUGUCCGGGAUUAUCACCAUCUAACUGAAAAUGGGUUUAAGCUGUCUGAAUGGAAGUGUUUGCAAUACACUCUGUUCAGGUGACUGAAAGACUUUCAAUAUCAUGAACUGCUGGCUUAAAUUGGGACAUCUGGCAUCAUUUGCUAUUAGGGAGCAGCAAUGUAACACCUCUUCAGUCUCCAUUGUGCAUUUAUUUCUGCUUCUAGAUGUCAAGGCCUUUGCAGAAUGCAAAAUAGUUUGAGAAUAAAUCAGGGCAAAUGUUAUUAAGUUUCCAUUUGUUAUUUGGAAGAAAAAAGACUGGUAGCACAAAUGUUAUUUUGUGGUUCUACAUAAUAAAACGAAUUUACACAUA